UCGAUCCGCGGUCCAGGACCGGUUUCUGGGCAAAGCUACCAUGCGUUCCGGGGGCCGCGGGCGGCCCCGGCUACGGCUCGGGGGACGCGGCCUCUUGCAGCCACCCUCCCCGCCCAAUCGCCGCCUGCUACCGCGGGCGCAGCAGCUGCCGCUGCUGCUGCUGGCGCUGGCCGUGGCCUCGGCGUUCUACACCAUCUGGAGCGGUUGGCACCGCGGGGCUGAGGAGCUGCCGCCCGGCCGGGAGCUGCGGGGCCCAUUGAUCGCGAGCCUCCCCGAAGCCCGAAUGCGGAAGGUGGUGGGGCAACUGGACCCCCAGCGUCUCUGGAACACUUACCUGCGCCCCCUGCUGGUUGUGCGAACGCCGGGCAGCCCGGGCAGUCUCCAAGUCAGAAAGUUCCUGGAGGCCACUUUGCGGACCCUGACGGCAGGCUGGCACGUGGAGCUGGACCCCUUCACAGCCUCAACGCCCCUGGGACCACUGGACUUUGCCAAUGUGGUGGCCACACUGGACCCAGGGGCUGCCCGUCACCUCACCCUUGCCUGCCAUUAUGACUCGAAGCUCUUCCCAUCUGAUCCAGCCCCAUUUGUGGGGGCCACGGAUUCAGCUGUGCCUUGUGCCCUGCUACUGGAGCUGGCCCAGGCCCUGGACCAGGAACUAAGUAGAACCAAGGAUCAGGCAGCCCCAGUGACCCUGCAGCUGCUUUUCUUGGACGGCGAAGAGGCGCUGAAGGAGUGGGGACCCAAGGACUCCCUCUAUGGCUCCCGGCACCUGGCCCAGCUCAUGGAGUCUGCACCCCACAGUCCUGGCCCCACCAGGAUCCAGGCUAUUGAGCUCUUUAUGCUUCUUGAUCUCCUGGGAGCCCCCCAUCCAACCUUCUACAGUCACUUCCCCCGCACAGCCCGCUGGUUCCAUCGGCUGAAGAGCAUCGAGAAGCGCCUGCACCGUUUGAACCUGCUACAGGCUCACCCCCAGGAAGUGAUGUACUUCCAGCCCGGGGAGCCCCCUGGCUCUGUGGAAGACGACCACAUCCCCUUCCUCCGCAGAGCUCUUGACUUUCCGUGCCCUGGCAGCCCAGCAGAAUCGCCCGAGGAGCUUAGGAGAACACCCCAUCACAUUUUGGGCCCACCGAGCCACCGUCUCGGGCCUCUGUGCUAUUUUUGCAAAACUCCCAGGGGUCCCGGUGCUCCACCUCAUCUCCACGCCCUUCCCCUCUGUCUGGCACACCGCUGACGACUCUGAGGCCAAUCUGCACCCCCCUACGGUGCACAACCUGAGCCGCAUCCUCGCCGUGUUCCUGGCUGAAUACUUGGGGCUCUAGCCUGCCGGGUUGACUCUGAAGGAGAAAGACCCAGCAGGGAAUGUGGCAGGGGCACCGGGAGCCAGCGAGCUCAGGCCGGGCCCACCUCGGCUGUGCUGGCUCGUCCUCUUUAAUGCCUUUGGCUCUGCUUGUGUUGUUAGUGGAAGACCCUCUCUCCUUUGAGUGUCUCAAGCUGCCACUCUUCAAAGACAUGGAAGAGACCAUUGUGGGGUGAGAGCCAAAGGAAUAAGAGCUCCCUGCUCUGAGGGAGACAUUGGGCUGAAAAAGUUCGCAAGGGCAACUGCUAUUCUUGGUUUUAGUCAGCAAACCAUGGACUGGCAUAUGGACCGGCAACACCACCCAACCCAGUGAAUUCUCUGUGGCUGUUGUUUUUGUGGCACUUCCUUCUCCAGAGUGUCAGCCUUGCUACUGCACCGUCCAAACCCAGCUCCACGUGGAUGUGCCAUGUGGGGCCCACAGAGGAUGUGCUAAGCGGGAGGAGAUGGAAGCCAAUACAUGGGAACUCCAGAUUCUGCAGACCCAACAGGCAAUAAUCUAGUGUUUCUGCAAAACAUAUUCUGCAGAACUUUAAAGGUGUUGCAUGAAAGAAGGGAUCAAGGAAGAAGGGUGAGACAUUAAAUGAGUUCAUUGCACAAUGUGAAUUUUCAACGGUAAGACAAUGCAUUGUUUUCCCAAGUAUUUCACCAUGGAACCCCUUUUUUGGGAAGCACCUCACAGAACUAGGUACCUCAGAAGAAACUUUGGGAAACACUGCUAUGUUUAUGGAAGGAAUAAGACAGGCCAGAGGUCACUGCAAACUAUACCAAACCGUCCUGUCUCUUAAGUUAUGGGUACAGGAGUGCGAGAUGGUGGGUAUAACUCCAACUCCAGUGAUGGCCUGAGGAAGUAUUUCCCAACCAUACCUAAUUUUCAGACUCCACUGGAGUACUUAUUAAAAAUGCAGGCUCCACCCUGGCUGGUGUGGCUAAAUGGUUAAUGUCAGUCUGCAUACCAAAGGGUCUUGGGUUCGAUUUCUGGUCAAGGGCACAUACCAGAUACCUUUCUGUGCACGGGAUGCCACCCAACCAAGCCACACAGGCCAGGACCUACCUUUCUGACUUUGGUGGAGACCUGGUAGGUAGCAGGGACAUCAGGCCAGUCUGGAGGGUUAGUAGGUAGUAAAGGUGAGCAUUGAUUGGCCUGAGUCAACGCAAGGCUGGAGAAGAUUCGAGAAUUCAUGGGUUUAAACUCAGGAUAUCAAAUGAGAGGAUAAAGAGAAGGUUCUCGAUUCACAUUCUGCCACAGUUGCUGACAUUUAUUGGGGUACCUACUACAGGCCAGGCACCAUGAGCACUUUAUAUAUAGCAACUCAGUCUCCCCCCAAACCCUGAGGUAGGUAUGAUUUCGGUUCUCAUUUUGCAAAUGAGGGGCUUGGGUCUGAAAUUUAUGAACCAGUUGUUUACAGAUUCUUACCCAGGGCCAUGCUCCUAACCCCAUGUCCUACCUUCCUUCCAAGUCACACGUUUGGGACCAACAGAUUGUUAACAAAAAGUAGCUCCUCUUAGCCCUGACCGGUUUGGCUCAGUGGGUAGAGCGUCGGCCUGCAGACUCAAGGGUCCCAGGUUCGAUUCCGGUCAAGGGCAUGUGCCUUGGUUGCGGGCACAUCCCCAGUGGGGGGAGUGCAGGAGGCGGCUGAUCGAUGUUUCUCUCUCAUUGAUGUUUCUAACUCUCUAUCCCUCUCCCUUCCUCUCUGUAAAAAAAAAAAAAAGUAGCCCCUCCUGAGGCUUUUAAUUGGGUGCAAGUUAGAGUGGGGUUGGGGGUGGGUGGAUGGACGGACUAAUAACCUCUUAGAGGUGGAACUGGCGGAAGUCCAGAGUUCAGAAAGGAAAAUUGACAGACAUCAGCCGGAGGGUCUCAAACCACAUGGAGAUUCCUGUUUGCUCAUUUCUUGUGGGCCACCAUGUCCCCUGAGCCUCCCAGCCAUGCAGAAGUACAUGAGACAUCACCUCCAUAUUGGAGAGGGGAAGCAGUGUUCAGUUACAUCCCCAGCCUGUCUCCCUACAAGACACCCUGGUUCAGUGCACCAUGCGCCAGGCACCGGGCAAGGGGCCUGAUGAAUAGUUUUUGCAUGAAUCCGGGGCAAGGAUUGUGAGCUCCAUUUUACAGAUGAGGCUGCCGCUGCUGCUUUCCCCGCUCCAUUUGUCCCCCAAACUUGGGAUCCCCAGCCUCGUGCUCUGAAGGGGCCACUAGGUGUAUUUAGUAAGCACAGUUGAGCGCCCUGGAUGAGAAGUAUCACGCCAAUCUUUUGAGGAACCAUCAGUAUUCUCAUUUUUCAUUUUAAGAUACUGAGAUUCAGAGAAACCCGCUGCCGAAGAUCACAUAGCUGGGCGUGUUCACUGCAGUGUGUCUAGGGGUACAUUUCUUUUUAUUCAUCCUGCUUGACUGGUUGGGCUUAUUGGUCUUUUACCAGCCUGGAGUAAAGCACAUCUUUAAAUAUCUUUGCACUAUCCUUGCUUCUGAUUCUAGAAUGCCAAUUAAAUACUUUUUCCCUCUAUCCUCUAUAACUUUUUAAAAAAAUAUAUAUAUUGAUUUCAAAGAGGAAAGGAGAGGGAGGGAUAGAAGGAAACAUCAAUGAUGAGAAUCACACCCCACACUGGGGAUUGAGUCUGCAACCUGGGAAUGUGCCCUGACCAGGAAUCAAACCAUGACUUCCUGGCUCAUAGGUCAACACCCAACCACUGAGCCACACCAGCUGGGCUAUAUAAACUGUUGUCUGCUACUUUGUGGACUUAUCUCUGGUGUAAUAAAUCUUCAGUUGUGUCUAAUUUGCUGUUUAGCCACACUUGAGUUUUUACUUUUGGUUAUUACAUGUUGGUGGGCUUUUUCCUUUCAUAUUGGCUAGGCUAUUAUUUAACUCUGAGUUCCCUGCAGGUAUUUGCAAGCUCUUGUUGUAUUCUCAUCUAUGACGGAGUCUCAUCAUCUGAAGCCUGGUUUUGCUCUGUUGUUUUGCUGGUUCUUGCUCGUGCUGGUGUAUUUCCAUGCAUAUUUGGUUAUUUGACUGUA